AUGUCUUUUCCAUUUCCGAGCCCACCGUCCAGCUCGAAAGACGACUCAAGCAGCCAACAUGUGCCACUCAAGAGGCAUCCUCCAGGCGUCGUUCUAGAUAAAGACGGCAAGCCCUGUCGAACUUGCACCUCCUCGGCAGAAUGGAUGGCGAUGAUGAAAGGAGCAACCGGCAAGAAACCCAGAGCCGCCGCCGCCGCCCCAAUCCCCGCCCCUGCAGCGGAUUGUCCACCAGACGUUGAAGAACUAGGUCGAUCUACUUGGACUCUAUUACACAGUAUCGCCGCGACAUAUCCCCCGACCGCCCCGCCAGAGACACAGUCCAUCAUGCAGCAGUUCCUAUCCACAUUUUCCAAAUUAUAUCCAUGUUGGGUAUGCGCAGAGGAUUUUCAAGAUUGGAUGGCACGGCCCGGGAAUGCGCCUAAAGUCAAGGGACAAGAUGAAUUGGGCAUGUGGAUGUGUCAGGCUCACAACGUCGUCAAUGUUAAACUGGGGAAGAAGGAGUUCGACUGCACGCUUUGGAAAGAAAGGUGGAAGGACGGUUGGAAGGACGGCCGCUGUGACUAA